AUGAACGUGGUUAUGCUUUUUAAUAUUUUGGAGGAUGAAGCAGAUGAAAAACUAUUGCUACUGGCGAAUCAUUUACGUAAUGAAAACGAUGAAAAGUUUAGUCAACGGAGCAGGGAGGGUCGUUUCAGUACUUUAAUUAAAAUAGUUUAAUUUACAAUGAAACUAGAUUCAGGGAAUAUUUUAGAGUGUCAUUUGAAUUAUUUUAAAAUAUUUUAAAAAUAAUUAAUUAAUAAUGAUUUUAAUAAUAAUUAAUAAAUUAAUAUUUUAAUAUUAGGUACCUAUAUAAAAUAAUGCAAUCCCGCAUUGCCUGUAACGCAAAAGUUGCCCUCGUAGCGACUACUGCGCGACUGAAUUGCGUGAAUCGACAAUCGUGCGCGUGAAUAAUGACGCGUGUGUGUUAUUAAUAAACACAAAUACUAUUUUUCAUGUUUUCAACUUUUACGUGAUCACGCAUCGCGCACCACGCAAUCACGGAUACACGAUUGUAGGAAACCAAGGCUUUAUCAAAAUAAUAAUUUUUAUUUUAAAAAUAUAUUUUAUUGUGUGCGAUUGGCAAAUUGAUUUAUUUAUGAAUCAAUGUAGGCCACUGCGUUUGGAUGAAACUAUUUGGCAUUUGUGUUCUGAAAUAUUUUUCUAAAACACACAGCGAUUGUGUGCGUGCAGGUAUAAUUAAGCGGCAUUUGGACCGAAGAUAUAUUAUAUAAGAUAUUGGUAUACGGGACGUUUAAGGUUAGCCGAUAAACCGAUAAGGAACCAUAGCAUUAUUUACCGAUAACGGAUAAGGUUAUUUUAGUUUGAAUCUAACGAAUUAUACACAGGCAGGGGGAUUAAAACCAGACGACGAUACGUCCAAAACGGGCCGACCUGAUUAUUAGCACACUAAACUAUUUGCUAAUGGUUUCAUUAUUUUUAUAGUCUCAAUGUUUCAUUGUUAGUAUACUUGUCUAUGAUUGUGAGUUCUGAAUUGUGACUUUGCGGGUAUGUACAAUAUCACAUCGACAUCAAUAAUUAAAUAAUAAUAUACGUUCCAUUGAAUUUUCAUUUGGCCAUAAGAAGAUUGUUAGUAUAGUACAUUAAUUCAUAGGUUAUCUUCUUAAUUUAUUGAAUAUUUCCUGAAAUUAAAAUAUAAAAAUCAACAAUACCUAAUAUAUAAGUAUAGGUACCUACAUAAGUACAUAAUACUUAUUUAAAAAUGUAAUGCAUUCUGUAAACCUAUCUACUUAAAAGUUAAAUAUCAUGAAUUUAAAAUAUUUAUAUUUUAAAUAUAUUUUGAAUACAAUUUAGUUAUUAUAGUAAUAUAAUAGUACAUAUUGAUUUUAUAAUAGUAUAAUAAAAGAUUGGUACUAGCUAUACCCACAACCUACCUAUCUUUUGUAUUAUAACAAUGGUAUCUAAUAUAGGAAUAUCAAUCCAGGCUUAUAUCUACUAUCAAGUUAUAUUAACUAAAAAAAGUUGAAAUUUAAUUAGUUUAAUUUCUAUAUUGGUACCUAAUAUUUCAUUUAAAUAAAAUAAUUAAGUAUUCUGUAUACCUUUCAAUUAUACAAUUAUUUGUGUCAACUCUGACCCAUAGUGUUCCAUAUUCAGAUAAAAUGUCAUCUGAUAAGAUGUUAUAAAACAAUCAAAUUUAAAUAGUCAAACAAAACAAAGAAAACAAGUUAUGGGAUACUAAUAUCAAUGAAGAUGUGGUAAAUAAUGAUAUUUCUUCUUUUUUAAAUGUACCUAAUAAAAGUGAAUCACGGUUAAAUAGUAUAGUUUGAAUUGAAUUGCCAACAACUUCAUAUGAAAAUAAUAAUUUCUAAAAAACCUAAUCUGUGUGUGGUAUGACCAGGUAAAUAUCAUAAUUUUGGUGUUGUCAAUGUUAUUAACAAAAUAAAUCAGAAUGUUCAAAAUAAUAUAUUAUAUUCAUAUUAAUAGUAAAAAUUAUAAUUUUUCCAUUUGAACUAUCUAUUGUGAUGAUCCUGCAAAAUCAUAUAUCAUUAAGAUAAAAAGCCAUUCAGGGUUUUAUUCAUGCACAAAAUGUGAAAUUAAAGGAUAAUAUUUGGCCAAUAGAAUUUGUUUUUCAAAUAGGCUAUCCACAAGAUAUCUGCCAAUAAGAACUCAUUAAAAUUGUUUAGAUCAGUCACAAGAAGAACAUCAUGUCAACAACACUUCUCUUUUGGCAACAUUGCCAAUAUUUGAUGUGGUGACUUAA